AGGAGCCGGAACCGCGGGAGCUAGGAGGGGACUUUUCCGUGGGCCCCUGGGUGUGUGGAUCCCGGAGGGGCCGAGGGAGGGUUGAGGUCGGCCGCGCCGCCGGACGGGCGCCGCUUACUCCUUGGCUCUUGGGGCUACGACAUCACGAAAGAUGGAUGCUCACCAGGAAACAGCCGCCACUUCGUGGUUCUCUCCAGUCUUCUCUCCCUCUCCCUCCUGCUCAGACCGGCUUAGAGGCCUGGGGUGGGGAGGGCCUUAAAAACUCCAGGUGAGAGCGCUUUCCACGUGUCGACGCUCGCCUCGGAACUUUGCUCCUCACCCCGUGAGCCCCCGACGAGGCUCGGUCCCGGUGGGCUCGGACCCGGUCAGCUCCGCACUGUAGAGGAUCAAGAGUUACCUACCCCGCCGUUUAGCCUGGCCCCCAACGUAUCAAGAUAAAGAGGAAGUUGUCUUAUGGAUGAAUACUGUUGGGCCCUACCAUAAUCGCCAAGAAACAUAUAAGUACUUUUCACUUCCAUUCUGUGUGGGGUCAAAAAAAAGUAUCAGUCAUUACCAUGAAACUCUGGGAGAAGCACUUCAAGGAGUUGAAUUAGAAUUUAGUGGUUUGGAUAUAAAAUUUAAAGAUGAUGUUAUGCCAGCUACUUACUGUGAAAUUGACUUAGAUAAAGAAAAGAGAGAUGCAUUUGUAUAUGCUAUCAAAAACCACUAUUGGUACCAGAUGUACAUAGAUGACUUACCAAUAUGGGGUAUUGUUGGUGAAGCAGAUGAGAAUGGAGAAGAUUACUAUCUUUGGACCUAUAAAAAACUUGAAAUAGGUUUUAAUGGAAAUCGAAUUGUUGAUGUUAAUCUAACUAGUGAAGGAAAGGUGAAGUUGGUUCCAAAUACUAAAAUACAGAUGUCAUAUUCAGUAAAGUGGAAAAAAUCAGAUGUAAAAUUUGAAGAUCGAUUUGACAAAUAUCUUGAUCCAUCCUUCUUUCAACAUAGGAUUCAUUGGUUUUCAAUUUUCAACUCCUUCAUGAUGGUAAUCUUCUUGGUGGGCUUAGUUUCAAUGAUUUUAAUGAGAACUUUAAGAAAAGAUUAUGCCCGGUACAGUAAAGAAGAAGAAAUGGAUGAUAUGGAUAGAGACCUAGGAGAUGAGUAUGGAUGGAAGCAGGUGCAUGGAGAUGUAUUUCGACCAUCAAGUCACCCAUUGAUAUUUUCCUCUCUCAUUGGCUCUGGAUGUCAGAUAUUCGCUGUGUCUCUCAUUGUUAUUAUUGUUGCAAUGAUAGAAGAUUUAUAUACAGAGAGAGGAUCAAUGCUCAGUACAGCCAUAUUUGUCUAUGCUGCUACAUCUCCAGUGAAUGGUUAUUUUGGAGGAAGUCUGUAUGCUAGACAAGGAGGAAGGAGAUGGAUAAAGCAGAUGUUUAUUGGGGCAUUUCUUAUCCCAGCUAUGGUGUGUGGCACUGCCUUCUUCAUCAACUUUAUAGCCAUUUACUACCAUGCUUCAAGAGCCAUUCCUUUUGGAACAAUGGUGGCUGUUUGUUGCAUCUGUUUUUUUGUUAUUCUUCCACUAAAUCUUGUUGGUACAAUACUUGGCCGAAAUCUGUCAGGUCAACCCAACUUCCCUUGCCGUGUCAAUGCUGUGCCUCGUCCAAUACCGGAGAAAAAAUGGUUUAUGGAGCCUGCAGUUAUUGUUUGCCUGGGAGGAAUUUUACCUUUUGGCUCAAUCUUUAUUGAAAUGUAUUUCAUCUUCACAUCUUUCUGGGCAUAUAAGAUCUAUUAUGUCUAUGGCUUCAUGAUGUUGGUGCUGGUCAUCCUGUGCAUUGUGACCGUCUGCGUGACCAUCGUGUGCACAUACUUCCUGCUAAAUGCAGAGGAUUAUAGGUGGCAAUGGACAAGUUUUCUGUCAGCUGCAUCAACUGCAAUCUAUGUUUACAUGUAUUCCUUUUACUACUAUUUUUUCAAAACAAAGAUGUAUGGUUUAUUUCAAACGUCAUUUUACUUUGGAUAUAUGGCGGUAUUUAGCACAGCCUUGGGGAUAAUGUGUGGAGCAAUUGGUUACAUGGGAACAAGUGCCUUUGUCCGAAAAAUCUAUACUAAUGUGAAAAUUGACUAGAGACCCAAGAAAACCUGGAACUUCAGAUCAAUUUCUCUUUCAAAGGGGUGGAACUCGCACAACAAAAAGCGCAAGAAGAGAUUUGGGCUUAACACUGGGUACUUUGUGGAUGUCUCUUUCAUGGAUGGCUUAAAGUAACAUCUAUAUCCAUUGAUCCUAGGUUCUUACUGACUGCUUUCUCCAAAUGUUCACAGCAAAUG